AUGGGUGACCGAACGGACAUCGAGAAACUACAGGAAAUGGUGAAGCUACUGAUGGAUGAGAGAGAUGCGGAAAGGGCGGCCCGAGAGGCCUUGGAAAAGAAGAAUCAGGAGAUACAACCCGUGAUGAACCUCGUAUUGACGCUAAUAAUUUCGAGUAGGGCCACAGAGGACGCGAACCACCAUCUCUCCAAAUUUGUGGAGAUCGCAAACACUCUCAAAUUGAACGGUGUCGACGACGACGCCAUAAGGGUAAGACUCUUUCCCUUUUCAUUAACUGAUUCUGCUAAAGAGUGGUUUGAAUGUAUGCCCAUAGAAAAGGUCUCCACAUGGAAGGACAUUGUAGCUGCCUUCCUCGACAAGUAUUAUCCGCCGGGCACAAUUUUGAAGCUCAAAAGCGAGAUCUUCCAAUUCAUCCAAGGCCAUGACAAACCCCUCUAUGAGGCGUUUGCUCGUUUCAAAGCCCUUCUCAGAAAGUGCCCUAACCAUGGUUUCACUGUGGACCACCAGGUAGGAAUUCUCUAUAAUGGGUUUAACGAGAAAAUUUGUGUUAUGCUUGAUUCAGGUGCAAAUGGAGGGUUCUUAAGAAAGUCAGGUGAGGAAGCCAUGGCGGUGAUAGAGGAAUUCGCCACCAACAGCAGGGGGUGGUCGAAAGAAAGGCAUAGCCUAAAAAGGAUAGUUGCAGUCGAAGAAACCGAGGAAAGCUCCUUUGCAAAGGAAUUGGCCGAGCUUCGAGUUAGGGUGGACCAAAUGGAUUCAUCAAGGAAGGAGGACCCGAUUCCACCAACCUCCAUUAUAGCAGUCUCGAAGACUGAAACUCCUACCCCGAUAGUGAAAGAAAUCAACUACAUGCAAGGAGGCGGCCCCAAUAGAAAUUACAACAAUAAUUAUCGCCCUACCCAGGGGGGCGGUAAUUUCAAUAAUUAUAAUGGGAACCGACCUCAUCCUAACCUUUCUUAUUCUAACAAUAAUUACUUGCAACCCCCUGCAGGAUUUAACGUUAAGGGAGGAGUAGUUGAUACAAUUAAAAAGGAGGAAAAGUAUGAACAAGGGAUCACAAGGAUCUUGGAAGUAAUCGCGCAAGACAGGAAGGUUAAUGACACCAAGAUCGGAGUGGUCGAAGCUAGGAUAAACAACCUCGUGCAGGGAAUGAACAUGAUCUCAACAGCCAUAGCCAACAUCAACACACAAAUGGAGCAAAUCCAAAAGAAAUUGGAUGAGGAUAGGGCAAAGGCAGCCGCACUAGUGGACGACGUCAACAAAAAGUGGGUGGCAAAGCAUAAAACUGGGGACUACCAAGAUGCCGGCGGACCGCCGCACAGCACGCGGCGGGCCGCCACUGAAGCCCAGAAUGGAGUCUGCCCAGCCAUCGGCGGACCGUUGGACUCUACGCGGCGGGCCGCCACCGAGAAGGCAGAAGCGCCCGCCCAGCAGGGACUCGUGCGGCACAAUGGGAUUGUGCUACCUUUCCAGCCAAAGAGGAAGUUUAAGCUCGAAGAGCAGUUCAAACACUUUUUGAACAUGUUUUGUAAAAUUCAUACUAACAUUCCUCUAGUUGAAUCGUUGCAGGAAAUACCUAAGUACGCAAAGCUACUAAGAGAGGCGGUGAUAAGGAAGAGAAAGCCGACAAAAGCCGACCUUAAGCUACCACAUCAUUGCAGCGAGAUCAUCCAAAAGGAAAAGGCAGUAAAGCAGAGAGAUCCAGGCCAAUUCAUUAUCCGAUGCCGGAUUGGAGAGGGAAAGGUUGACAAGGCACUAUGCGAUCUAGGAUCAUCCAUCAAUCUCAUGCCACUGAAGUACUAUGAAAAGCUCAACAUUGGGCCACUCAAAACUUCAGACGUAACACUCAGGUUGGCCGAUAACUCGACCAUCAAAACUUUUGGUCAUGGCGAGAUCACAAUCAGCGACAACCAUAGCCAGUCCACCUAUAAGAUCGAAAGCGAGAUGCUCAAGUUUGAGGAAGCAAAGCGGGCUAAGAUGGAACAGCAGUGUAGGGCAGUCAUGGUCAUGGUCACGGAUUUGACCAAACCACAAGACCCCUUUGAAACGGAGGAACAUGCUACCUCCACCAUCGAUGUUGUAAAAGAGAAAAAGAAGCAAAAGAAAAAGAAGGCAACCGGAGAGGACCCCGAAGUUUAUGUUCUCAAAACAAAGAUGGGGAAAUAUCAGUGGUGGAAGAAGCUAGGGACCAAAAAUAUGGGAUCAAAGGGGAAGCCCGAGAAUGCGAAGAACUAUGGUGUUAGCCUUGCUUCGGAUGAGCAUAAGGCUAUGUGGAAGAAAUUGUCGGCACGAGAGACGGCGCCCUCGAGGUUCUGA